AGUGGCAUUCUAAAAGCAAUUUAAAAAUCAUGUCAAGCUCAGUUGAACAGAAAAAGGGGCCUACAAGACAGCGCAAAUGUGGCUUUUGUAAGUCAAAUAGAGACAAGGAAUGUGGACAGUUGCUUAUAUCUGAAAACCAGAAGGUGGCAGCACACCGUAAGUGCAUGCUCUUUUCUUCUGCUUUGGUAUCAUCACACUCUGAUAACGAAAGUCUUGGUGGAUUUUCUAUUGAAGAUGUCCAAAAGAAAAUUAAAAGAGGCACGAAGCUGAUGUGUUCUUUGUGCCAUUGUCCUGGAGCAACAAUUGGUUGUGGUGUGAACUGUCACAGGACAUACCACUACCACUGUGCAUUGCAUGAUAAAGCUCAAAUACGAGAGAAACCUUCACAAGGAAUUUACAUGGUUUAUUGCCGAAAACACAAGAAAACUGCACAUAACUCUGAAGCUGACUUAGAAGAAAGUUUUAAUGAACAUGAAUUGGAGCCCUCAUCACCUAAAAGUAAAAAGAAAAGUCGCAAAGGAAGGCCACGAAAAACUAAUUUUAAAGGGCUGUCGGAAGAUACCAGGUCCACAUCCUCCCAUGGAACAGAUGAAAUGGAAAGUAGUUCCUAUAGAGAUAGGUCUCCACACAGAGGCAGCCCUAGUGACACCAGGCCUAAAUGUGGAUUUUGUCAUGUAGGGGAGGAAGAAAACGAGGCAAGAGGAAAACUGCAUAUAUUUAAUGCCAAGAAGGCGGCUGCACGUUAUAAGUGCAUGUUAUUUUCUUCUGGCACAGUCCAUCUCACAACAACAUCAAGAGCAGAAUUUGGAGAUUUUGAUAUUAAAACUGUACUUCAGGAGAUUAAGCGAGGAAAAAGAAUGAAAUGUACACUUUGCAGUCAGCCCGGUGCUACUAUUGGAUGUGAAAUAAAAGCCUGUGUUAAGACUUACCAUUACCACUGUGGAGUACAAGACAAAGCUAAAUACAUUGAAAAUAUGUCACGAGGAAUUUACAACGUUCUUCUGGAGGGUUAA